AUGCCUGACAAGUCAAAGUUCCGCAUAGUGGUGCCUGACGGCGAACUGCUGACAUACCUAUUGCCGCCAGAAGACCAUGGCGACGGUGAUCAAAGGUUAUGGAUCGACGCCGAGGACACAAGCCGUUACAUUACUCGACUGGGUACACUCCAAUGGGUAAAGUCAUUAUCAGUGGCGUUUCAGAGAAUGGGCGUCAGGGUGGGUGAUGUGGUAUUGAUGUUCAGCCCAAAUCACAUCUAUGUCCCGCCAGCGUACAUUGGAACCGUUGCACAUGGAGCUGUAUUCACGGCUGCCAGUCCAGCCUCUACAACUCGCGAAGUCACUAUGCAGCUUCAACAAACAAAGGCUAAGGCAAUCUUGGUUCACCCAAGUCUGGCUAAAACUGCUAUUUCGGCAGCCAAUGCCGCCGGAUUGCCUCUGGAUCGGCUGCACCUAUUCUCAGAUCGUCCAUCAAAGCCUGUCGCCGGUCUUGAGGAUCUGUGGUCUAUUUUGGGAUGCCCUUCGGAGAUAGAAAAUUGGAGAGCGCCGGAGGUUAACAGGGAUCAACGCCAAAGACAAGUUUGCGUGAUAAAUUUUUCAUCCGGAACGACAGGGAUGCCCAAGGGCGUUUGCAUUUCACAAGCCAACCUCAUUGCAAACUCGGAACAGAGUAUUUAUGUACGAAGCCUCGAGAAAAACGUUGAUGCUCCUGAUCAAUUAUCCGAUAGAUGGCUUGGAUUUCUCCCUCUAUACCAUGCGUUUGGCCAAGUCUUUUCCAUCGUGCUCUCCUGUAGGCUGGGAAUCCCCGUCUAUGUUAUGAAGAAGUUUCGUUAUGAGAGUUUUCUCCAGCACAUACAAAACCACUCUAUCACCGGUUUUACCACAGCACCUCCAGUUCUCGUCAUGUUGAAUAAGCGCCCAGAAACGGCAUCUUACGAUCUGAGUAGCUUGAAGGAGAUUGUUUGUGGAGCCGCGCCGCUGUCGAAGGAGCUUCAAACCAGUCUUUCUCGGAGACUCAAUGUCCGUAUCAGGCAAACAUAUGGUGGCACGGAAUUGACCUGUUCAUCGACAGGGGUACCGGGUGGCAUGGAUGAUAUAACCGGCAGUGUGGGCGUGCUGUACCCGAAUAUGGAGUGUAAGCUUCUGGACAAGGCUGGCCAUGAAGUAGGGACUGGAAUACCUGGGGAGGCUUACAUGAAAGGACCCAACGUAUGCCUUGGAUACUGGCAAAAUGAACAAGCCACUCGUGAUGCCAUCGACCGGGACGGCUUUUACCGAACUGGGGAUAUUCUCGUGAAGGACGAAAGAGGGAUGUAUUAUGUCCUGGACAGGAUCAAAGAGAUGAUCAAAGUCAAUGGGCUCCAGGUGGUUCCAGCCGAACUUGAAGCGGUCCUUUUGCAAAAUCAUGAUGUUGCCGACGCUGCUGUGGUUGGCGUUCCCUGGAGUCAAGAGGAGCGUCCGCGUGCCUAUGUGGUCUUGAAACCGCACGCAAAGGGUAAGAUCUCAAGCGUCAACUUGAGAGAUUGGGUUGCGAAGCGUGUAGCAAAGCACAAACGACUUGAGGGUGGCAUAAUUUUCGUCGAUGCUAUACCCAAAAGUCCGACCGGAAAGAUUCAAAGAAACCUCGUUCGAAACUGGUCUCGAUUAUGACUCUCCGGUGGCCUCAAGAGUCGCUUUUAGAUUGCUGUUUAAGAGUAGGAUCGCUACAGCUCAUGGCUGAC